UCGACAAGAGGUCAGGUUGUGAGAAUUACAGCAAGCUUACUUUUCGUUAGACAUUUUAGGUGGCGGAUAUUCGCGAUCUUUCUUCCAGCAAAUCAAGCACUAUGUUUUAUGUAUUACAUGUGCUACUUUGGGUGAUAACAUGUUAUUGUAUCCAUCCAUCAAUCGCUGUGAACAAUGGCACAUAUUUACAACAGAGGGCAAAGCUGUUACUGACAGAACACUCUAUGCGAACAGGAGGGAAAAUAGAAUUGACAGACAAGGAAAAGACUGUCAACACGGUCCUGAUGAACCACAAAUCUGAAGAAAUCCGCCAUGGCAAAAAAACCGGCUUUUAUCCAGCCGCCCUACAUUUUUUCUAUUCCAAAGCAUAUAUUGAAGAUAGUGAAAUAUAUGAUAUUGUAAGGAGAAUGCCAAAAGGAGCAGCUCUCCAUCUGCACGAUGUGUCUUUGGUUGAUGUACAAUGGCUGGUGAAGAAUGCCACUUAUAGACCCCACGCUUGCAUGUGCAACAACACAAAAACAGGAAUCCUCCAUUUUCGGUUCUUCACUUCUAUACCAUCUAAUCCAGAUUGCCCUUGGAAAACACUGGAGUCAUGGAGACUAGCUUAUGGAAAUACUACAGAGUUUGAUGAAGUACUGUACAGACAUAUGACCCUAAAUGUACCAGACCCGCACAAAGCAUAUCCAACUCAAAACAUUGUCUGGCAAAAGUUUCUAGAUGCUCUAGAUUCAGCUACAGGUCUAAUCAUGUACGCUCCAGUAUUCAAGGAUUACUUCUAUGAGGCCCUAAAAGAGUUUUAUGAAGACAAUGUACAGUAUAUUGAAGUCAGGUGUUUGCUCUCAGAGGUGUAUGAAUUGGAUGGCACUACCCAUGAUAAAGAUUGGAUAGUAGAGACUUACAGUGAAGUUGCAGAAAAAUUUGUCAAGGAUUUUCCAGAUUUCUCAGGAGCAAAAAUUAUUUAUUCUGUGAUCAGGAAUGUUCCAAAAGUGGAUGUUGGAUUGGCUGUCAAGGAAGCCAUUAGGUUACAUCAGAAAUAUCCAAUGCAUUUUGUUGGUUUUGAUCUGGUAGGACAAGAAGAUCCAGGUCAUCCAUUGCUUUAUUACCUCAAUGAAUUGCUGUAUCCGUCACAGCAGAACCCACCUAUAGACCUUAAGUAUUUCUUUCAUGCUGGGGAGACUGACUGGGAAGGAACCCAUAUAGACAAUAAUUUAAUUGAUGCAUUACUUUUGAACUCUUCACGUAUUGGCCAUGGUUUCGCUAUCACCAAACAUCCUGAGGCUUUAGAAUUGAUCAGGGAAAAGGAUGUGCCUCUAGAAGUCAAUCCCAUUUCUAAUCAGGUUCUAGGUCUGCUUGAUGACCUUAGAGUUCACCCAGCUUCCUUCUUGCUAGCAAAUGGCUACCCUGUCGUGAUUAGUUCAGAUGACCCCUCAGUAUGGGGUGCUACUGGUCUAUCUGAUGAUUUUUAUGAAGUUUUCAUGGGUGUAGCUGGGGAGAAUGCUGAUCUUGCAACUAUGAAGCAACUAGCCCUGGAUUCUAUCAGGUACAGUGCAAUGACAGAUACAGAGAAGAAAGCAGCUGUUGAUUUAUUUAAUAGCAAGUGGAUGAAAUUUAUUGAUGAAACUAUCCAAAAAUAUGUGAAGAAACCUGUUGAAAUCUAUGAUGAGUUUAAAGAAGUGGAAGAAAUUACAGGAUAUUGAUGAACAUGUUUCAUAAGUUAAUUAAGAAUUACAAUAUUUUUGUAUGCAUAUUUAAUAUGUUCUCUUUUUAAUUUAAAAUGGAAUGUUUGAGUAUUAAUUCAAGUUUUGUUGUUGUAAAAAUUUUUUUAAGUUACAGGUAUAUUUGAUUUUAUCUUGUUUUAUUCUGGAUAUUGUAAGAUGCACCCAUGAAUCUUGUUUGUUUUUAUUGAUCAUGUUGAAAAGUUGUAAGAAUAUUCCCACUUGGAAUUCCAAUCCUGCUAGUGUUGCAAUUUUAGUAAGAAGUUCAGCUUUAAGUUGUCAUCCUUCAAUCUGUUUUACAGCUAUUAUUCUUCAAAUGUGCCAUAAUUUCACAUAAAAAGAUAUUAUGAUUUUUUUCUUUGACAAUCACAAUGGUGAAAUUUUAACUGUAUAUACAUUAUUGGGAUUUUAAUUCAUUUUAAGGUCCCAGUGUUUAAGGUACACAUUUUUGAAUACUUCCUUAUAAUUUUAAGCAGUAAUGCAUUUAGAGAACUAACUACAUGGAAUCAAAGGGCACUUAAGGUUCAGAACUGAACUGUUCAAUUUGUUUCAUUUAGAAGUAUUUGAUUUAGACGCUUGAACAAUUAUUUAUGCACUAAAACUUUUUUGCCAGAUAUUUUAGAAAUAAGCUCAGCAUUAAGUUAAUAACUACGAUAACGUACAAUUGUUACAUGUCAGCUUUGUAAAAAUUUGGUUCUUUAAAAUGCUAAGAUAAUUUUUCCUCCGUUGUUCUGUCUAAGGAGAUCUUAUGAUUCUGAUGUUCCUUAUAGUGUGAUCUUAUAUUAAGUCAAAAUUAAGGGGAAUUGAUGUUGAAAGAUAAUUGCUCUUAAUUAAAGUAUAAGUAUUACCACCA